AUGCCGAGCCCCGUGGUGAAAUUGCCAUAUCUAAAGUUGGGCGUGAAUCUGACUCGCGGGCAUUGGUUCCGGAUAUAUGGGAGGCGCAACGCCAGUCAUGAAGCGACCAAGGUUCCACCACUCAUUGACCUAGAGCAACCUCAGGCCGACGAUGAGGAAUGA